UUCAGGCACAGGGACCUAGAAGGCAGCGACUGGAGACGCCAUCCAUAGAUUUCACCUUUCAUUCAUUGAUCGCCUUCUAAAGAAGCCGCACAACAGAAUAGCUGACCAAAGAUUUACUUUCAAGCAGCAGCGAUUUCCCUUAAAGCAAAAUCAAGAUGGUUAGAAGUGAAAGGCAAAAGAGAGAGCUUAAACCUGACGAUGUGUUUCUGGAAUCCGAGACAUCAAUGGAUCAGCAAGAUUUCAGCGAGAUGUCUAGCUGUCCUUUCGACAUAUUUCGCUCCAACGAUUCUGCUAUGGACCAGAUCGACACUUUUCUGAAAAAUGUGCAAGUUUUGCUGGAGGCAGCAAGUUACAUAGAAAAUAACGAGAAGAAAAAUGGAAAAUGCGAACAUGGAUAUGCAUCGACGUUUCCUUCUAUUCAGAACACAAGCUACCAGAGACAAAGGAAAUUCAGGAAUAAGAAAUAUAGCAACAACCACAACAGGUCUACGCACAACGAAUUGGAAAAGAACAGACGAGCACAUCUUCGGCUGUGUUUGGAACGUUUGAAGGCACUUAUACCACUGGGACCAGACUGCAACCGGCACACAACACUGGGGUUGCUGAACAAAGCCAAAGCACAUAUUAAGAAACUUGAAGAGAUCGACCGGAAGAGCCAGUACCAGCGGGAGAACCUGGAGCGGGAGCAGAGGCACUUACAGAGACAGCUGGACCUGCUGCAGGCCGGCGGGGAUGCCGAGAGGACACGGAUAGACAGCGUGGGCUCCACCCUGUGCUCCGACCGCUCCGAUUCGGACCGAGAGGAGAUCGAGGUGGACGUGGAAAGCACAGAGUUCUCCCAUGGAGAAAUGGACAGUGUGAGCACAACCAGCACCAGCGACCUCGAUGACCACAGCAGCCUGCAGAGCAUGGCUAGUGAUGAGGGCUACUCCAGUUGCAGCAUCAAACUUGCCUUCUCCUCUUAAAGUCCGCGGCACACAGAGAGACGUGAGGUGGAGUAGAUUAUCAGCGCGACAACCCCAAAACCAAACAGAACCUCAUGGGGUGUUCAGAACAUGACCUACCCUCAGAUCUGGCCUGACCUACAAAGGUGUGAUCUUGCUUUUUCUGAAAAGGCCGCCCAUAGAUGCUCAGUAAAAGAACAAGGCUUUGCAUACUUAUAAUUCCUUCUGUACAAUUCUAGGCCAUUUACAUUGUUUAUUUACAGAUUUUUGAGAUUUCGUUCAAGAAGGUCUGAAAAAUUAGGUUUUGUUUGGGAAAAAAACAGCUACACUGGAUGUCAAGAAUGUAGCAUCUAUGAGACAUCAAAAGAAGCGGCAGUUAUGUUACCAAAUGACAGGCUAAACUGUAAUCUCACUGCAUGCCACAUAUGUUCUGUGCAAAUGUGGUUCAAAGAAUCUAGCACAGAGGUGUGCUUUCAACCCAAGGUGAUUAUAAAGUCUAGCAGUGACCUUCUGAAAGAGGUCGCUGUAUCUCAAAUUGCAGUGUUUUCACCCCUAUUGCCAUUCACAUGCACAUUAAUAUAUGUGUAUGCAGUGAAUGUCGAGAUGAAGGGCAUCAGGGUUUUCUCCGGGGUGAUUGCAAGACUUUACAACCAUAUGGAAUUAAAAAACAGAUUUACAAGACAAUAAAUUGUGCACUUUGAUAAGCUUCCGAGUCUUCAAAAUGGAUCAGUUUCCAUCAUUGCAGUUCCACAAUCUUUGCAAUGAAAGCUGAAGUUAGGUCAGGUUCUGAACUGGUGCUGAAUGAUACUCACGCUCUGCUGGAAAAACAAACAGUAAAUUGGACAGGAAUCUGUGGGAAUUAUAACUCAACUUGCCAUAUCAACAUUUCUGGCCCAUGAGCAUUGUUCUUGCUAAGCAGUGCACAACCACAACUCGGACACUGAAAUUGGUGCUACAUAACACAGGUUAAGUGUAGGUUAAGUGCUACACAACACAUACCAACAAAGAAGAUUAAAUAGCCCAUGCAGAAUAAUGCAGAAUCUCUUUUGUUAAGGUAAAAAAGAACCUUAGAAAAGAGCAUCCAUUAAUAUGAACCCAUGGGUAUUCAGUUGGUUCUAAUUUUGGAAUCUGUUCUGUAGUUUUGUAAAAGCAACUACCACAAGCUACCCUGCACAUGCCUGUUUUAUAGUAGACUGUAGAGCUACAACUCUUGUACAUUUUCCUAACAGAUGUCCUUCUUUAAAGUAAAUUCUGAGCAAUAACAUUGUGGUCAUUCUGUCUUGACAGUUUUGGCUCCCUGUUUCUCAAGGCACUAAUUUUGUGUCUUGACAGCAAAAAUGAACUUGCUAGUUUUGUAUAUAGUUUAAUUUAAAAAUAAAAUAAAAAGUUUAAAAAAUUUCGAAAGGAGAAAAAAUGACUAGUAUCCAUGGAUAGUAAUAUUGCCUCUGUUGCUGUUUGUCUUGUGUUUUGUGCAUUUUUAUAUUUUUUAAAGAUUUAAAUGUUUCAGGAAGGCAUUUUCUGUGGCAUGGACAGUAUUAUUUUGUUCAUUUUUCUAGCUGCAGAAAGUUCUGGCUUCUUCAGUCUUCAGAUGUAUUGCAAAAAGAAACAGAUUUUAUAUUGAGCUUAACUUCAAGACACAAUGAUGACAUAAAAAUGGUCAUUAGAGAAUCAUUAAUUAUGGACUUCUGUUAACCUCUGAGUUGGAGUGGCACUGGCUUAUUUAUUAGAUUUUAUGAAAACAUAAAAGCAUUCCUCCAAUCAAAUCUUGAGCUGUACAUUCUCUGUCUGAAAGCGACAGAGUGAUAUUUGAUGUUCCUUACAUCUCUCGGCUUGAGGUUUCCCAAACUUGCACUUCAAGGUCUUAUUUUCUUCUUUAUUUUUUUAAUUAUUAACCGAUGUGUAUCCACUAAUUUAUGAAAGAGACCUCACCAACUAUAUUUGGUCUAAAACCUUUUUUGCUGUAAAGUUGUACCAGUUAUCUUCAUCCAUCAACACAAGUUUAUUUAUUGAUUUUAUUGGGUUGGUUUAGUUCAGGUUUGGUUCUUAUUCCUUAUUUUUAUCAGGGUUGGAAGGGUAUUACUAAAAGUUAAAAAAAAAUACACAUUUGCUCUCUUUGCCAAGUUAUGUUUUUCUUUUGUGUUUUUCGUGCAGAGGACACUAGAAACGUUUAAUCUCCCUAGCGUGUUUUACAUACUGUAGGGGGUAUCUUUUUUCUCUGUAACACACUCAUCUACUUUAGUUAGAAAUCAGCUAUAUUACCUCUGCAUAAAAUAGCAGUUCUUGGGUCUGCAAGAUUUAAUUCAAAUAGACCUUAGUCUCCUUAUCACACAAUAAUGCGAAACAACUUUCCUUAGCUCAGCUAAGAGCUACAUUAUCUUGAAUUAAAAACUGCAGAUCUCUUUGCUCAAACCUCAGCAAAAGCCUGAGAAGUGUUGUGGCAUGACUUAAGUCUAAUGGCUUGCCUGACGUGUUUGCAAUUCGCAGUUCACAAUGUCUAGUGACUGGCUGAUGUUGAGGUUAUCUUUCAUUUUUUAUUUCACAUUUGAGCGUUUUUAAUCCAAAGUUCUCUUGGUAACAUAAGCAUUGGUGGGAGUAUAUUCAGAUAGGUUUAUUCAUGCUUGCUGCAUCUAAGCUGUUUAACAUUGGUUUGCCCGUUUGUCUGCCCAAUAUCACGGCUUUCUCAGAAGAAUAUAAAUGCCAAAUGUGUCUUAACAUGUCUGGAUGUGUCCCUUCUUGCACGGGUAGAUAAAUUUUCAUUGUUUUCUUGGGGGGGGGUAUUUCUAUAUUUGUUUAAAAAAAUGCACUAUAAGAAAGACCCAGCCUGAAACUUUCUGAUUCCACACCAAAGUGUUUUCUCUGCUUUCUAGAGGCUCUGAAAAACGCCUGUUUUGAGAUAACAUGUUGCUGUCCCUUAACCUGUCGUUUUGUUUAGAUACUGGUAAAGGCAAAUAAAUUGGCAAGGGAAAAUGGGUCAAUAAAUGUAUUCCACCCCUGUGUUAACCUGUGCUGAGCUUGUGGAAGUUUGUCUUAAAACGUGCUCUGAUUAAGAUGUAAGAUGAAUGCAAUACUCAAUAAACACAGUCUGUCAGAUAUGUAGCUCUUGUUUAAGAUGCUAUUAAAAAAUGUACCGAGCAUUUCAAAGGUUCUGAGAAACUUCCUUUGAGGUGCGUGACAAUUCUUUUUAUUUACAAUAAACUUUAAGCUUGGACGUAA